UGCUGCCAUUGCCGUUUAAAUUUCUCUUGCCCCACUCGGAGUUUGGCCAUUUCAACAUCAGGGGAAGCAGCGGGACGGCGACUUUUUAAAAUUUAUUUCGUUUUUAUUUUAUUUCAUUUUUAUUUUUGAGUUUUUGACAGGAUGAGUGAGCAAGCCAUUUCUUUCGCCAAGGACUUUUUGGCUGGGGGUAUCGCGGCCGCCAUCUCCAAAACUGCCGUCGCCCCCAUUGAAAGGGUCAAACUUCUGCUUCAGGUCCAACAUGCCAGCAAGCAGAUAUCAGUGGACAAGCAAUACAAGGGCAUCGUGGACUGCGUGGUCCGCAUACCCAAGGAGCAGGGCUUCCUGUCCUUCUGGAGGGGCAACCUGGCCAACGUCAUCCGCUACUUCCCCACGCAGGCGCUCAACUUUGCCUUCAAGGACAAAUACAAGAAUAUUUUCCUAAACGGCGUGGACAAGCACAAGCAGUUCUGGAGGUACUUUGCCGGCAACUUGGCGUCAGGCGGCGCGGCGGGGGCCACGUCGCUUUGCUUCGUCUACCCGCUGGACUUCGCCAGAACGCGUCUGGCCGCCGACGUGGGCAAGGCCGGGGGCGGGCGCGAGUUCAAAGGCCUGGGGGACUGCUUGGUCAAGAUCACCAAGUCAGAUGGCAUCAGGGGCCUCUACCAGGGCUUCAGCGUGUCCGUUCAGGGCAUCAUCAUCUACAGAGCGGCCUACUUUGGCGUCUACGACACGGCCAAGGGCAUGCUCCCUGACCCCAAGAACACUCACAUCGUGGUGAGCUGGAUGAUCGCUCAGUCCGUGACGGCGGUGGCCGGUCUGGUGUCCUACCCGUUCGACACUGUCCGUCGUCGUAUGAUGAUGCAGUCUGGGCGCAAAGGAGCCGACAUCAUGUACAGCGGUACCAUGGACUGCUGGAGGAAGAUCGCCCGUGAUGAGGGCGGUAAGGCUUUCUUCAAGGGGGCGUUGUCGAACGUGCUGCGAGGCAUGGGCGGCGCCUUCGUGCUGGUCCUCUACGACGAGCUCAAGAAAGUGCUGUGAUUGUUUUUCAUCUUCACUCUCGCAUAUCUUGUACAUUAGGAUGGACUGACAUGCUGCAAUAUAUUUAUAAGGGACCAACUAGUAUUUGGCUACUAGUUGUGGCAAGGGGGUGGGCGAGGGAGGGGGGGGGUUCAAAACUAUGCACUCUUGGCCCAUGUUUUUGUUUUGUCGCGCUGUUUUUUGGCCCACACCUCGAUGUCGUUGUCCGCUUAAUGCAGGAACUUUGCUUGAAGAAGAGAAAUAAAGUAAACUUAUUCAGUGGACAGCCUA